AUGGCUUCAAUUACUCCACCCUUCACAUUCGAAACAGCCACGAGCAAAGUCAAAGCCGCGCAAAACUUGUGGAAUACUCAAAACCCAGAGGCAAUCGCCAAAGCCUAUACAGCGGAUAGCAUCUGGCGUAACCGAACCUCUUUUCUCCGCGGCACCGAUGAUAUUGUGAAAUUCCUUACAGCCAAAUGGAAGAAAGAGAAAUCAUAUUGUCUGCGAAAGGAGCUAUUUUCGUUUACCGACAAUCGUAUCGCAGUGCAAUUCUGGUAUGAGUACCAGGAUAAAGAGAAUGGAGAUAAGUGGACACGAUGCUACGGGCUAGAAGAUUGGACUUUUGAUAAAGAUGGUAAAAUGGAGAAGAGAAUGAUGUCUGGAAAUGAUCUCAUCCUUGGGCCGGAUGGAGAUGGGACUGGACGUUGGUUUGUCGAUGGUGUUGAUGUUAAUGAUGUUGAGAUUGGGCCUGAACAUUGGUGA